AAUGAAAGUUCGGAAAAGUUUUCGGAACACCAGCUGAUUUCGCGUUCCGUUUCCUAACAACCAACUGAUUGCUGUUGAAGACCGCUGUCGAUAUUGUUAGAAGAAUUUCGUAAUGUUUAGAUCCACUUAGAAGAUUUGAAUUACUAGAAGAAGCUGAAAAUGCACAGGACAGUUUGUUCAUGAUUUGUAAUUAGUUUAACGCCGUGUCCCAUUAAAAAAAUCAAUCAAUAAUGUCCGAUACAAGACCAGCCAGACGCCACGCCUGCGGGCACAAUCACGGAGAAUCUCCCCCCUCCACUGGCCCGGUCGUGAGGCCCAGAUGUCGGCGUACGGCUUCUGUCACUGCUGCAAUUGGUGGAUUGAAAGGGCAAAGCAGCAUCAGCAGACCUAUCGAAUAUGAUGUGAUUGUUAAUAGAGUGAAAAGCAAAAAGAAAAAGUCUUCGACCAGUCGGAAGCGUGGAGCAUCCCCAGAAAGAAGCAGCCCUCAUGGAUUCCUUCAGCAUCUGGUCGCCACGGAUGCGGAAUCUAGGAAAGAUACCCUCUCUCCAACUCUGCUCAACAUAGGUGAGAUCAGUCUGGUAGAUGAAAGGGGCGACGCUGACACUCUGUUCGUAAGAAGGAAGUCUCCAAGGCAUGAUGUUACUCAGGCAACGCUUCAUAGGUCAAGCGGUAGAACUAAAACUGCUUCCCCAAGCAGGUCCUCAAGUAAAAGUCCACAUAGACGUGGCAAGCGGUCCCCCAGUCCUAAGAGACUCUCCCCUCUGAGGGCAUCGAGUGCUCCUGGCCAUCACAUACUACCACACAACAGGAGAUCUAGUUUGGGUGAUUCCAUUUUGGAUGAGAGGAGGCAGAGCACACCAUGGUCUAUCACUGAAUUACAGGAUGAUGAAAGAAGUUCAUCCGCAACCCCAGAUACCAGGGAUGAACAUUUAACAACCGCAGAUGACAUCACAGCGACACCCAAUGAAGAUGAAGAAGCAUCAAGAGAGAAAGAGGGUCGCGUUCUGAAAGAUCCUAUUAAAGAGAUGAUGAGUGCUGAUGACAAUGAGGAUGACUAUGACACUGAUCUUGAAGAACAUUUCCCUCCUAAGCCUCGAGUUAUACGUGAUGCUUCUGGCAGGCAAGUGUAUGUGCAGAAGUGCAAAGAAGAAGGUGUUGAUCCAGCUUCUUACGUUCUGAGACAUUUGACAGACCCUGCCUUUCAGCUGAGACAUCGUUACCUUGAUGCACAGAACAUUGUUCCACUUACCAAAGCUAUGAAGAACAAUUCAAUGAUAGAGACGUUAGAUCUCUGUGAUAAUCAUCUCCAGGAUGACAGUGGAAUUGCUAUAGCAACCAUGCUGGAAAAUAAUGUCAAUAUCACCAAAGUUGAUAUAUCUCACAACCUGGUUCGUGGAAGAGGAAUCACAGCUUUCUCUGACAUGUUAGAAUCCAACUACACAUUGAAAACCCUUUGUUUACGAGCAAAUCACCUGACGGACAAAGAUGCGAUGCCCUUAGCAGAAGCAUUGAAGAACAAUGCAACACUCACAGAACUUGACUUGAGUUACAAUGAACUAGGAGAGAUGGCUGGGAUACACCUUGGCUCAGGACUGGCAGUGAAUGAUGGAUUGAACUAUCUGGAUCUGAGAUGGAAUGCUGUCAGGAACAAAGGUAUCGCAGCAUUGGCUAAUGCUCUCAAGGUCAACACUAUUCUUGAGGUUCUUGACCUUUCAAACAAUGGCGUGUCAGUCCCAGGAUGCAUUGCACUCAUGAGAGCUCUCAAGAUAAAUACAGGACUACGAAUCUUAAAUCUAAGUUACAAUCACAUCAAUAGUGUUGGUGCUCAGAAGCUGUCAAUUGGAAUAAAAAAGAACUCUCGAUUAGCUGGACUAUUGUUAACAUCCAAUCCCAUCGGAGAUGAAGGAAUGGUGGCACUGUGUAAAGCUUUCAAACUGAAUCCCACCUUGAGAUUAGUAGCAUUACAGAACAUCCCAAUGCCAUUGAUUAUUCAUCAGAAGAUUCGGGAUGUAAUGGAAGCUAAGGACAUUCAUGUUCUUAAGCUUGAUGUUGACGGUCAUAAACGCAACAUACCCCCAAGUCAUGUAGCAGCCAUGGUGGACCAGUUCAUCUGUGACAACCAGUCUAGGAUCUUGAGCCAUUGUCUGGCGCAGGACAUAGAAGCCACAGGAAACCUGUCUGUUGUUCAGAUCAAGAAGGCCCUGUGGGACUCGGGACUAGAUGUUAGUGAGGAGCAACUAGAUACAGCACUCAGGCAAACCAAAGUGAUUAAACACAGAACUGUACCAUAUAGACCUAUGUUAGAUGGCCUCUCAGCACUGCUCAUGCUACCAAGCUGGAAGGCACCUCCACCCAGAUUGACAAGUAGGGUCACUUAAUCUAGCGCUUCUUCCCUUUAAUGAUACAAAUACUAUGUUAUUUUAUAGCACAUUACACAUCCUGCCAUGUAAUCUAGUGAGUGUAAUGGACACAUUAAUGAAAUCUAUUGUACUUACUUUCCCGACUGGGAUUGCACAAAAUCUGUAAAGGUGCGACAAUACAUGCUACGCAGCCAGGUAUUGUGCAAGAUCUUUGCCUUUUUACAAUCGCAGUGCUCCAAACAUAAUAAAUUAUGUUGAGGGCAUUUUCAACCUUGAUGAUUUGUUUACUUGUACAUUCCUGCCUAUGUUUUAGGCAUUGACAUGCAACUGACUUAUUUUUGAAAAAUAUAUUUUAUCACCUUGCCUUUAUUUUUAUCUCCCUUUUGACAAGGCUCAACUGACUUGUUUUGUCCUUUUGUAAUUUCAUGGCAAUGGUAAAGAAACAAUAAAGGCUCACGAAACCUGCAUACUCACAAGCCAUCUGAUGAGCCUUUUGAAUCUUAUCGGUAGGGUAAUUGCAUGAAUAUUCAUUAAUCUUUACUGGGGUGCAAUCUUAUGACAGUUGACCAAUAAAAACGAUGGGUUCUCCCGCUCCGUAUGGUUCCUGAUACGCUUCUACAAUAAUGAUAGUAGAUUAGAAAGGAAAUCUUGCUGCGAUUGAUGGCUCGAUGCUUUGCAGCUGAUGAAUGUUGUCUUUCUGCAUCAGACCCUUUACACAAUACUGCAACAGGCCUUAACAAAAGGCUCCAAGACUGAUGUUUUUAUCACCAAGUUUUAGAGUAAUUUUCUUAUCAGUAGUUACCACCAUGAUAACAAGAUUGUGUGGAGCAUAUCCAUGAUAUGAUUAUGAUCAAAGGUAAUGACUUCAAUAUAAAUAUUUGUCCUCUUGAACUUCAGGCUGUAAGCAGUUGUCAUAAUAGAAAGGCGCACAGAAAGCUUCAGUUAUCCCAUUAUAAACAAAUGAGACAUAUGUUGUUCAUAUUAACAGAACUCAUAGAAACACUCCUGUUAUGAAAUACAUGUAUAGUUGAUAUGAAAAACUGUUUUGUCAAUUGUGUAUUUUUUUAACACUUUUAUUUCAUGUAAAUUUUCUUUUGCUAUCACUAAACAUUUUUAUUUUCAUCAGUGCUUGGUAUUGAGUAUAUUUAUUUUUUUAUUUUUCAUUGAUCUUUAAUGAUUAAUUAUUUCAUUUGUUCAUUCAUUUCACAUACUUAUUCAGCAAAGCUUCUUUUCAAUAUUCAUGAACGAAAAUUCAUUAAAAUUCAUCAUAGACUUGUAAGAUCUAUAUUUUUUCUCAUAUCAUAUUAACUAAUUGAUGUUUUGGUCAAGCUUUCACUGUAUGGUUAAAAUCAUAAAAUGACUCGUACUUGGUGAAUGACUUGACAACUGUCACUUUAUAAACAUGCAGUCUAAGUUUAUAGCAUUGGGUCAACUAUGGUAUCAACCAUCAGGGACUUGAUUAUACAGUCCAGUAGUCAACAGAUUAUAUUCCUACUGGUAGUAUCAGUAUAAUCAAUGUCACUCUGCUGCAUUUCUGUGAUCAAUUUGAAAGGACCUAGGGGCUAUAAACUUUUAGUAACUAGGACCCUCUCAUGAAACAUGUUUUUAACUGAAAUCAAUUAUAUUCCUCAUCCAUGCACACAACUCUGAAAAGGCAUUUAUGUCAUCAGCUAGUAUCAAUAGGGGGUAUCUCCAUGUAUAUUCCUUUCAAAUCAUAUAGAGUUGUGCAUGUGUCACUGAUUUGACUAAUCAGUGUGCUCAUUUGUGUGCACUGGUACACAGUAUAGGGACACUACACAAUUUUUCUAGAUACAUGUAGUUAAAGCAUUGCUUUCUUUCUGAAGUUUGAUUCUAAUUUAAUUCUAUAUUAAAUAAGGUCCAGGUAGGUAUAUUAUAAUUAUAUACUUUGUUACAUAAGUAGUAGUGUCUGUAAUAUACUACAUGAAUUAAUCACCUUGAAAAAGUGUGCCAUCAAUGUUUUGAGUGAAUGUGCCAAUUUGAAAAUCUUGAAUUUGCAGUCAAUACUUUGAUACCUUGAUUUUAUUUAACUUAUGUUGAGGUAAACAUAAAUAUGCACAUAAAAAAAUCCUCCAAAACACAAUUGCCAUUGAAAAUAUUGACAUGUGACUUGAUUCAACUGCAGAAGAUUCCAAAUACAGAAGUUGUCACCAGUGCUGUGUCCCAAUUGCAUCCAUUGAUUUGAGUACUGUAAAUGAAAGAAAUUCACAAAUGUCUCCCUUUUUUUUUGUUGAUACAUUUUUCAAAUUAUUUCCUACAUAUUUUUGUUAACUUAAGAAAUUCCAAGAUCAACUUACUAGAGGGGGGAUACCCCCAAAUAAUACCACGGCCUUGAUUUCCUCAGGUUUUUUAAUGCAAUAAUAAUGGUAAUGUAUGCAAAAAUCAUGCAUACUUCACUGAUAACCCAAUAUAAAAUUACUUGAUUGAUACAGUUACAUACAUAUAUAGGUAAAAUGGACUUCAGCACAAAGUUGCAUAAACAAAGUUCAAUCCGAUUUAUGGUGUGUAUGAUAUUUUUUUAAAAUGUUUUUUUUAGUUUGGCCUUGUACACCAUUUUAUGACAAACAUUGCUGCCGUUAUGAAAUAAUGUCUUGCCAUUUUAAUGUACCUUCUUGUCUCUCACUGUACCUACAUAUAAAUAGUGUGCAAAUUUCAUUCAUACGCAGGAAAUAUUUUCUCUUUUUAAAAAGAUCUUGAAUGGCUGGACUGUGUGGCUGCCUCUCAUGCAUAUUUGCUUUCUUUGAAAAAAAAUUCUAUGCUACCAUUAUGCACAUGUAUGGAAAAUAUAUGCUUCUAAAUUUCUUCAUAGGAUGCUAAGAAUAUGAUGAAAUUUGUAUAGCAAAAAAGUUAUGAUUGACUUUUUUUUUUAUAGGAAAUGUUCAAAUGUUCUUCAAGUGGAAAAAAAUAUAAUUCUAAACCAUAUUUUCAGUGAUGAAAAGUAGAUCAAGAGCCCAAGUGAAGUAAACUUAAUACAUGAAUACUAAAACCAGGAAAUUUCCAGACUAUAUACCAAAUACUAUUUUUAAGUUUUUGAAAGACCAUAUGAAUGUCAGGUGAAAAUUCAACCAUUAAUAAGAGCAUAAAAUAAAUGUGUGUUUUAUUAUUCUAUUUUGUUUGAUCAUCAGUUUGUGAAAUCAGAGCAAUUAUAAUUUUUUUAUGGUUCCAAUUGUGUUUUGGUUUUAAAACAAAGUGUUUGAAAGAGUGUGUAAUGUGUGGACUUAUUUCUAAGGAGCAUGUUUCCAGGGUGUUACUAUUGCCAAUGUUCUUCCUGUCAUUUGAUAUUCAGAUUUUACAAAAAGCAUAUUCAGUCAUUGAAUAUUUUAAUGUCUCUGAAUACAGGCAUGACUUUUUUUUUCAUUUUAAGAAACAGAAAUAUAUAUUAUAACGGCAGUUUCUAUAUUUCACCAUACUUUGAGGGAAAAUAUAUAUUUUAGUGGAGCUGAAUCAUGCAAGUAAAACUUGUAAUGAUAUGAAAAUUAAUGAAGUUUCCAUCAGUACUACCCUUGAAAGCUAUUCAUAUUUCCUUAUUUUGUAAAUAUAUAUAUGUUUUUUUCGGUUCCUAUUUCAUGUUUUCAGAAACUUUUUCUCAUGGCUGUAUUAAGUGCAGCAUACUUUAUUUGGCUUAAAUGUAUAGUUCUCAUGUCUUACACAUAGGAAAUACUAUACCUGUGUUGUCACUCAGACAGAUUUAUUUGAUUUGAUAUUUAUUAAAGGAUUAUUUCAAAGAUCUAUGGCUGAUGAGUGAGUUUAUAAUAGUUGCAGUUAUUGUGAACUUGUGCAUGCGUGUGGGAAUUAAAACAUUGCACUGUUGUUAGUCAUUGUGCAUUGUAAAUGCAGAGUAUAUUUUGUAAACUUUAUUGAUGAGAAAAUGAAUAAAAUCACGAUUUGAAGUCA